UCCAAACUUUUGACUGGUACGGUAUAUUAGCGUGUGUUGUAUCAAGUUUUUAGACCGACAAGUCACACCUUUUUUUCGGACUGUAAAGUUCAAUCGGAAGACAGAUAGUUUUCAUCUUGCUGAUCGCAAUUUAUUUUGGGGCCGAUCAAUUCCUCAGUUGGCUGUAAGAAGAUCCUCCAUCUCCUCCUCUUGAUUUGGUGACCUGUCCUAUCAUGGCUGAAAAGCUAGCGUCCUUCGGUAAGAUGCUGCUCCGGCGACGGGCGCUGGACUGUAACCAGGAAGAGAGCCACUUCGCCCGCUGCCUGACCACGCUGGACCUUAUUGCCCUGGGGGUGGGUGCCACUCUGGGGGCCGGUGUCUAUGUGCUGGCUGGAGAGGUGGCCAGGGAGAAGGCCGGCCCAGCCAUUGUGCUCUGCUUCCUCAUCGCAGCGCUCUCCUCCGUCCUUGCUGGUCUGUGUUAUGCUGAGUUUGGUGCUCGUGUACCCAAGACUGGUUCAGCCUACAUGUACAGCUAUGUGACUGUGGGGGAAAUCUGGGCCUUCAUCACUGGCUGGAACCUCAUCCUCUCCUAUGUCAUAGGCACAGCCAGUGUUGCUCGGGCCUGGAGCUCCACCUUUGACAACCUGGUUGAACAGAAGAUCUCAGACUUCUUCAGAGCCUCCAUGUCCAUCAAGGUCCCUGGGAAGAUUCUUGCUGAAUACCCAGACCUCUUCGCCUUCAUCCUGAUCUUGCUGCUCACUGGCCUGCUGGCGUUUGGCGUUAGCGAGUCGGCCCUGGUGAACAAGAUCUUCACGGGGGUCAACCUGGUGGUGCUGGGCUUCGUCAUCAUCUCAGGCCUGGUGAAGGGAGACCGUACCAACUGGAACCUCACUGUGGAGGACUUUGUCAACACAACCAACAUCACUGAUCCAGAGAUAAUUAAAGAGAAGUUUGGCACCGGGGGUUUUGCGCCAUUUGGCUUCAGUGGAGUCCUGUCUGGGGCAGCAACCUGCUUCUACGCCUUUGUGGGGUUCGACUGCAUCGCAACAACAAGUGAAGAGGCCAAGAACCCUAUGCGUUCCAUCCCCAUCGGUAUCGUGGCUUCUCUGCUCAUCUGUUUCUUUGCCUACUUCGGGGUGUCUGCGGCUCUCACCCUUAUGAUGCCCUACUACCUGCUGAACAGAGAGAGCCCACUGCCAGAGGCCUUCAGUUAUGUGCACUGGGACCCUGCCCGCUACAUCGUGGCUGUGGGCUCCCUCUGUGCCCUCUCCACCAGUUUACUGGGCUCAAUGUUCCCCAUGCCCCGUGUAAUCUAUGCCAUGGCUGAGGACGGUCUGCUCUUCCGCUUCCUCUCAAAGAUGAACAUAAAAACCAAGACCCCCCUGUUAGCCACCAUCGUGUCGGGUAUUGUAGCAGCGCUGAUGGCAUUCCUGUUUGAUCUGGCAGCCCUGGUAGACCUGAUGUCGAUAGGAACUCUCCUGGCAUACACACUAGUGGCAGUGUGUGUGCUUAUCCUCAGGUACCAGCCGGGUACCCUGGGCCUCAGCGGUGCCAGUGAGAAGCUGGUGGAGCUGGUGGGUCUGCAGAGGGCAACCAUGGCGGAGGGGGACAGUGGAGACGAGUUUGACCAGGAGGGGGAGACCAGGCCCCUCAGGGAGAGGUUCACCCUCAAGAUGCUGCUGGUGCCCAGCUGUGACGUCCCCACCAAGACCUCCGGACUUAUCGUGUACAUGACUACCGCUGUCAUCUCUGUGGUAUUCACCCUGCUGUGCGUAGUGCUGGCUGUGUGGGGGGCAGAGGUGGUGAGUGGCCACCCCCUGUGGGUCACCAUAUGUGCCAUACUGGCCUUCUUCGCCUUCCUGUGUGUGGCCAUCAUCUGGAGACAGCCCCCGAGCAGACAGGCACUCACCUUUAAAGUACCCCUGCUCCCAGUGCUGCCAUUGGUCAGUAUCUUUGUCAACAUUUACCUCAUGAUGCAGCUGGAUGGGCCAACAUGGUGUCGCUUUGCAGUGUGGAUGACUAUUGGUUUUCUCAUCUACUUUGGUUAUGGGAUUAAGAACAGCUCAGAGGCCACACCCAACCGUGGUAAAUUUGAGACAGUCCUCCGAUCAAAGAGUCCCAUCUACCUGGCAGAGGAUGACAGUGAGGUGGAAGGGAUGACACCUUAGAGGAGAAUAGUGGUGGAGUAGAUGGUGAACGCCCCAACAACAUAACACGCAAGACGAACAGGUGCACAGUCUCAUCGUGUUCAUUUUCAACUGUCGGAGCAUUGUGCUACAACCGACUGUCUUCUCCUUUGUUGAUAUUUGGUCAUUCCUAUAAUGUAGAGAGACCCUCACAUGCUAAAUGGAUUUUGGAUGUACACUAUCAGUCAAAAGUUUGGACAUCUACUCAUUCAAGGGUUUUUCUUUAUUUGUAUUAUUUUCUACAUAGUAGAAUAAUAGUGAAUACAUCACACCUAUGGAAAACACACAUGGAACCACCCUUUGCAUUGAUGACAGCUUUGCACACCUAUGGCAUUCUCUCAAAUAGCUUCAUGAGGUAUUCACCUGGAAUGCAUUUCAUUUAACAGGUGUGCCUUGUUAAAAGUUAAUUUGUGGAAUUUCUUUCCUUCUUAAUGUGGUUAAGCCAAUCACUUGUGUUAUGAUAAGGUAGGGGUGGUAUACAGAAUAUAGCCCUAUUUAGUUAAAGACCAAGUCCAUAUUAUGUCAAGAACAGCUAAAAGAAGCUAAAUGAAACGACGGUCCAUCAUUACUUUAAGACAUGAAGGUCAGUCAAUCUGGGAAAUGUCAAGAACUUUGGAAGUUUCUUCAAGUGCAGUCGCAAAAAACAUCAAGCGCUAUGAUGAAACUGGCUCUCAUGAGGA